GCCGCGCCGGGGCCGCCCCGGGCCGGGCCAUGCGCUGAGGCCGCCGCGCCGCCCGCAGCCAAGGGCGGAUCCCGGGCAGGACACGCCACCGCGGGGCCAAGAUGCCGGAGCAGAGCAACGAUUACCGCGUGGUGGUGUUCGGAGCCGGCGGCGUGGGCAAGAGCUCGCUGGUGCUGCGCUUCGUCAAGGGGACCUUCCGCGACACCUACAUCCCCACCAUCGAGGACACCUACCGGCAGGUGAUCAGCUGCGACAAGAGCGUGUGCACGCUGCAGAUCACCGACACCACCGGCAGCCACCAGUUCCCGGCCAUGCAGCGCCUGUCCAUCUCCAAGGGCCAUGCCUUCAUCCUGGUCUUCUCGGUCACCAGCAAGCAGUCGCUGGAGGAGCUGAAGCCCAUCUACCAGCAGAUCGUGCAGAUCAAGGGCAGCGUGGAGAGCAUCCCCAUCAUGCUGGUGGGCAACAAGUGCGACGAGACGCAGCGCGAGGUGGAGAGCAGGGAGGGGGAGGCCAUGGCCAAGGAGUGGAAGUGCGCCUUCAUGGAGACCUCGGCCAAGAUGAACUACAACGUCAAGGAGCUCUUCCAGGAGCUGCUGAACCUGGAGAAGAGGAGGAACGUCAGCCUCACCAUCGACGGGAAGCGCUCCAGCAAGCAGAAGAGGACAGACAAAAUCAAGGGGAAGUGCAGCAUCAUGUAGAGCCCCGGACUGGCCCGCGCCCCCUCCCCACUCCGGAUGCCCCCUCCCCUUCCCUCCUCCCGCCCACGGCUGGACGUGGCAGUGGCAUCGCAGCGGGACCGUCCCCUCGUCCUCCGUGUGCCAUCACUGUGACUGUGCGGGGCCGCCGGGGGUGAAGACGGGGCCGAGGUGAGGGACACGCGGCCAUCCCCCCCCCCCGGGCACGGCAGGACCGGGGACACCCGGACCACCCCCCCCGCACUCAGCACAACCGGAGCCACCGGGCCCGGCCCCCGUCGGUCCUCGCGGGAGGGAAGGACGGUGCCACGUGGGGAUGGCGGUGUCACCCUUUGGGGACAGUCCCGCGCGUCCCCCGUCCCCACGCCAUAGCGCUCUGCUCCUGCGGGCAGAGACCCGGGGCGGGGGCAGCCCCUGCGCGGUGCCCGUGUCCCCCUGCCCGCUGUCCCCCUGCCCCAUCCUGGUGCCAUGACCCCCUCCCCAAACCCCCAUCCCCGUCCUGGUGCCACAGCCCCCCCAGCCACCGCAGCCCCCCAGCCUGGCACCGUGGUCCCCUUGCCCCCCAGGCCCAUCGUGGUGCCCCCCGUGUCCCCGCCAUCCCCGAGCCGGUGCCGCAGCCGGAGCCGCCAGCCCAAGCACAAAGCAUCGGGUCCGCGGGAGGUCCUGACCCAGCACAAUCCUGGCGAGCUCCGGCGGGAGAGCCCCGGCCCCGCAGCCAGCCGGGCCCCGCGCUGCCCCCGCACCCCCCCGGUGCCACCCCGUCCUCAGAGUCCCCCCGCGGGGACCCCCGGCACCCUCCAGCUCUGGCUCAGCCCCGCUUGUCCCCCCCGGCUGGAGCGGGGUCCCCGCGCUGUCACCAGCCCCUCGUCCCCUCGAGGUUUGUCCCCUCGCUCCGGCCCCGCUCCUUCCCCGCCGCCGCCACCGGGGUGUCCCCGAGGGGGUGUCCCCGAGGGGGUGUCCCCGGACAGGCCGAGCCCCCCCCAGCUCCCCGCACCCCCCCGGCUUUUUACACGAGGAUCCGAGCGCCCAGGGGACAAGGUGACGAUGUAGCCUUUAUUCUAGAAAUAGUCUUCCUUCAAUAAAGAGACGAGAAACGC